GCUUUUCUCUUGCAAUCAAUCAACUUUGAUACAAUGGCACAUGAAUGAAUCCAAAAUGAUGAAGCGUGGAUCGAUCAUCCGGCAGCUCUGCUCUCUCUCUGGAGCAGUGCGCGUAGAUCGCGCUGCCGAUCUGCAAGAAUACACCGCGCUUCUCCAAUCCUGCGUUGAUUCCAACGAUCUCGCCAAAGGCAAACACGCCCACGAACUGAUCGCCAAUGCCGGGCUCGAGCAGCACCUCUUUCUGGGGAACUGUCUCAUAAACAUGUACGUCCGGUGUGGCAGCCUUGAAGAAGCCCACGCGAUCUUCUCGAAAAUGGAGGAAAGAAACGUUGUCUCCUGGACCGCUUUAAUCUCCGCAAAUGCCCAGUGUGGAGCUUUUGCGCGGGCAUUUGCGCUCUUCCGGACAAUGCUGCUCGAAUCCAGCGCCGCGCCCAACAGCUACACGCUCGUAGCGAUGCUCAACGCAUGCGCGAAUUCGCGAGACCUAGCAAUUGGGCGAUCGAUCCACGCCAUGAUAUGGGAGCUCGGGCUAGAACGAGCAUCCACAACCGCGACUCUUGUGGGCAAUGCGAUGAUCAACAUGUAUGCCAAAUGCGGGAGUCUGGAGGACGCCAUCGCGGUCUUCCUGGCGAUACCGGAGAAGGACGUUGUAUCGUGGACCGCCAUGGCCGGAGCUUACGCCCAGGAGAGAAGAUUCUACCCAGACGCCCUAAGGAUAUUCCGGGAAAUGCUUCUUCAACCUCUCGCCCCCAAUGUGAUCACCUUUAUCACAGCGCUUGGCGCGUGUACCAGCUUGCGAGAUGGCACGUGGCUCCACUCUCUCUUACACGAGGCCUCUCUGGGGUUCGAUCCUCUGGCCAGCAAUGCGCUUAUUAAUAUGUACGGCAAGUGUGGGGACUGGGAGGGAGCGUACAGCGUUUUUAAAGCCAUGGCUUCCCGCCAGGAGCUCGACCUAGUUUCUUGGAACGCGAUGAUCUCCGCGAGCGUCGAGGCGGGGCGGCAUGGUGACGCCAUGGCGAUCUUCCGGCGCUUGCGUCUCGAAGGUAUGCGCCCCAAUUCCGUGACGCUGAUCACGAUUCUCAAUGCUCUUGCGGCUUCUGGCGUGGAUUUUGGCGCUGCCAGGGGAUUCCAUGGCCGGAUCUGGGAGAGCGGCUACUUGCGGGAUGUCGUCAUCGGCAACGCGAUCAUCAGCAUGUAUGCGAAAUGCGGGUUCUUUUCCGCGGCCUGGGCUGUUUUUCGGCGGAUCCGGUGGAAAUGUGACGUGAUUUCGUGGAAUACGAUGCUUGGAGCGAGCGAAGAUCGCAAGAGCUUCGGCAAAGUCGUGAAUACUUUCCAUCACAUGCUCUUGGCGGGGAUAGACCCGAACAAGGUGAGCUUCAUUGCAAUUCUCAAUGCCUGUUCUAAUAGCGAAGCUUUGGACUUUGGCAGGAAGAUCCAUUCCUUGAUCCUGACUAGACGACGGGACUACGUAGAGAGUUCUGUGGCGACCAUGCUCGUCUCCAUGUAUGGGAAGUGUGGGAGUAUUUCAGAGGCGGAGCUAGUUUUCAAGGAGAUGCCACUGCCUUCCCGGAGCUUGGUUACUUGGAACGUAAUGCUCGGGGCAUAUGCACAGAACGAUCGAUCGAAAGAAGCUUUCGGAGCGCUCAUGGAGAUGCUGCAAGGUGGUGUUCUUCCGGAUGCUCUCAGCUUCACCAGCGUGCUCAGUUCGUGCUACUGCUCACAAGAGGCUCAAGUUCUACGAAUGUGUAUCUUGGAAAGUGGCUAUCGAUCGGCCUGCCUGGAAACCGCACUUAUCAGCAUGCAUGGCAGGUGUCGAGAGCUAGAGCAAGCUCGAAGUGUGUUCAACGAGAUGGACCACGGGGAUGUGGUCUCGUGGACAGCCAUGGUUUCAGCGACGGCAGAAAACAGGGACUUCAAAGAGGUUCACAAUCUUUUCAGGAGGAUGCAGCUGGAAGGAGUUAUUCCGGAUAAGUUCACGCUGGCUACGACUCUGGACACUUGCCUGGCCUCCACGACUCUGGGACUAGGGAAAGUCAUCCAUGCGUGCGUCACUGAGAUCGGAUUAGAAGCGGACAUCGCUGUGGAGAAUGCACUGCUCAACAUGUACUCCAACUGUGGUGACUGGAGGGAGGCCUUGAGCUUCUUUGAGACGAUGAAGGCUCGAGAUCUCGUCUCGUGGAACAUUAUGAGCGCAGCCUAUGCUCAAGCUGGCUUGGCUAAGGAGGCUGUUCUUCUCUUCCGUCAGAUGCAACUAGAAGGUGUGAAGCCAGAUAAGCUUACUUUCUCUACAACGCUCAACGUAUCUGGGGGCUCAGCACUGGUUUCCGAUGGCAAGCUCUUCCACGCCUUAGCAGCUGAGAGUGGCCUUGAUUCAGACGUCUCGGUGGCCACGGGACUGGUUAAGCUCUAUGCCAAGUGUGGCAAGCUAGACGAGGCCAUGUCCUUGUUUCGAGGAGCUUGCGAUUGGACCGUCGUGCUUCUCAACGCCAUUAUAGGAGCACUGGCUCAGCAUGGAUUCAGCGAAGAGGCCGUCAAGAUGUUCUGGAAAAUGCAGCAGGAAGGCGUGAGACCCGACGUCGCGACGCUCGUCAGUAUCAUUUCUGCAUGCGGCCAUGCUGGAAUGGUUGAGGAAGGGUGCAGCUCCUUCCUUACUAUGAAGGAGUACUUCGGAAUAUCUCCUACUUUGGAGCACUACGCCUGUUUCGUGGAUCUCCUUGGACGAGCAGGACAGCUCGAGCAUGCCGAGCAGAUCAUCCGCAAGAUGCCGUUCGAAGACAACACUCUGGUCUGGACGAGCUUGCUCGGGACUUGCAAGCUUCAGGGAGAUGCCGAACUUGGUGAGAGAUGUGCUCAGAGGAUUCUAGAGCUGGAUCCACACAACUCGGCAGCUCACGUCGUUCUCUCCAACAUUUACUGCGCUACUGGAAAAUGGAAGGAUGCAGAUGUCGAUAGAAAGAAGAUGCUCGACGAGAAUGUGAAGAACGCCCCUGGAAUGAGCUGGUUCGAGAUUGGAAAGCAGGUUCACGAAUUUGUCGCUGGUGACAGAUCACACCCAAAGACAGACGAGAUUUAUGUCGUGCUCGACAAGCUUGAGCUGCUGAUGCGAAGAGCUGGAUACGAGGCGGACAAGGGACUUGACGUUGAAGACGAGCUUAAGGAGAAGGCGCUCGGCUAUCAUAGUGAAAGGAUAGCCAUUGCUUUUGGAUUGAUAGCAACUCCUCCCGAGACAACUCUCAAGAUCGUGAAGAACCUUCGUGUCUGCGGCGACUGUCAUACUGCUACCAAGUACAUCUCUAUGGUUAUGGGAAGGGAGAUCAUCGUGAGGGACAGCCUCAGGUUUCAUCACUUCAGUAAUGGUACGUGCUCAUGCAAGGACUGCUGGUAGAAGACACAGAGAAUGGAGUCAUUCCGUGGUGCACGUCUUGGAAAGACUUGCAAGAAAUCGUCAGC